AUGUCUCCUCCUAUCGACGAGUCGGCCGUGCAGGAGUCGCCCGUGUCGUCGCCCUUUGCAUCCCCGCACCCGUCCAGGCGACCCUCUAUCGCAGGCAGCAUCCAUGCCCCGCGUCCAAUGUACCCGGCAUCCGCGGGCUCGUUGUCGCGCCGUUCGUCCCACGCAUCUGGCCCCCGCCCCAUCACAAAGGCCGAGUACUCUGGUCCGGCCACCCCGUCGCUCCUGUCGCGUGCCGGCUCGCCCACCCAGCCGCUCACGAAUGAAAAGGUCGCCAGCCGGAAGAACAGCUUUGCCGGUGGUGACCACCCCACACUCGGCCGCCUGGGAGCGCUCAGCGGUCUGAGCGGCUUUUCGCAGGUCCAGCCUGAACAGCGUGUCGGCGAGUUCAUUGCCAGUGUCGACUGUGGUACAACUUCCACUCGUUUUAUCGUCUUUGACGAGCACGCGAGGAUCAUCACCGAGCACCAGACCGAGUUUGAGCAGAUCCUGCCGCACGCCGGCUGGCACGAGCAUGACCCCGAGGCCCUCGUCGACGCCAUGCGCGAGUGCAUCAACCGCGCAAUGUACAAGCUCGAGUUCCUCGGAUGGCACAAGGACAGUGUCAAGGGCAUUGGAAUCACCAACCAGCGUGAGACCACUGUGUGUUGGUCAAGGUCGACCGGCCGUCCCCUCUGCAACGCCAUUGUGUGGGACGACACCCGUACCGUCGCGACCGUGCGCCAGAUGGAGGACAAGCUCGACCUCGAGGGCUUUGAGGUCGAGGAUGGAAAGGGCGGUUGGACCACCAAGGUCAAGGGCAAGGACGCAUUGGUGGAUGUCACGGGUAUCCCGCUCUCGACGUACUUUUCCGCCAUCAAGCUGCGCUGGAUGCUCGACCACUACCCUGACGUUCACGAGGCACAAGAGAACGGUGACCUCAUGGUCGGCACCGUCGACACCUGGCUGGUUUACAACCUGACCGGAGGCGUCAACGGCGGUCUGCACAUUAUCGACGUGACCAACGCUUCGCGUACGCUCCUGCUCGACCUCAAGACCCUCAAGUGGCACAAGGGCCUGAUCAAGUUCUUUGGCUUUGACGAAAACGUCUUGCCCAAGAUUGUCUCGUCGGCCGAGGUGUACGGCGCCAUUGCCGACUCGAUGGACUCGUCCCUCACUGGCGUGCCCAUUGCGGGUAUUGCCGGCGACCAGCAGGCCGCGCUGGUGGGCAACAAGUGUCUCCGCUCGGGCGAGGCCAAGAACACGUACGGCACUGGUUCGUUUGUCCUCUUCAACACUGGCGAGGACAUUGUGCGCUCCAACAAUGGUCUCAUCACCACCGUCGCGUACCAGCCCGGACCAGGCGCCAAGCCAGCGUACGCGCUCGAGGGCUCGAUCGCUGUGGCCGGUUCAGCCAUCAAGUGGCUGCGUGACCAGAUCAACCUCAUCGAACAGUCGUCCGAGAUGGACAUGCUUGCUGGCUCGGUCAAGGACACGGGCGGUGUCUACUUUGUCACUGCGUUUGCCGGUCUGCUCGCUCCUUACUGGGACCGCACGGCCACGGGCACCAUCAUCGGCCUGACGAGCUACACCACCUCGGCGCACAUUGCGCGCGCGACCCUCGAGGCCGUGUGCUUCCAGUCGCGCGCGGUGCUGGACGUCAUCGAGUCCGAGUCGGGCGUCAAGCUCGACACGCUCAAGGUCGACGGCGGCGUGACCAACUCGGACCUGGCCAUGCAGAUCCAGGCCAACAUUGGCGGCUUCAAGGUCUGCCGCCCGUCCAUGCGCGAGUCUACCGCCCUCGGCUCGGCCCUGCUGGCCGGCCACGCCCUAGGCCUGUUUGGCUGGGACGUGACGCGGCCCGAGACGCUGUCAAAGGUCAACACGGCCGACGCGCAGUACUUUGAGCCCAAGAUCAGUGCGCGCCAGCGCGCAAAGAUGAUUCGCGGCUGGGAGCGCGCCGUCACCCGUGCCCGCGAGUGGCACGAGGGCGACGACGAGUUUGAGCUCGAGGAGCGCGAGGCCGCUAUUGAGGAGGAGGAGGGGCUCCAGAACAUUGCCUAA